CAGCAUAAUAAACAUCCAUAAUCGAUCCAUCUCUCCCUAUCCAAGCUCCUGAUCCUCGCUUCCGAAUAACAAUGCCGUAGAAGCGCCCUACAAAACCUAAACGCCCCACAGGUGACCCUCUCGCGAUCCGCGACACCACCCAAGAGAUGUGGCUGCGAGCUGAGCCAGGCAGCUGAAAAGCCGCCCUGGCGAACACGCCCCUGUCUCUCCCCACCACAACAACCACGACUCUCUACCGCUACGCUUCACGUUCAAUCUCGUCGCUCGUUACCUCUUUUCAGAUUUACUACCCACUCGAGGCUAGAUCUCGACAAGAGCUUUGCCCGCCUUUGAACUGCUGUUGACGUUUAGGACGACAGCUCAGCCCACCACCACCAUGGCGCGCAAAGACCGCGUCAAGCCAACCCACUACCCCGUCCUCCCAUUCCACGCAAUACGAUGCGCGCAGCUCGUCUCCAGCAUAAUCGUCGCAUCGAUAAUGUCGUACUUCAUGUGGGAGCUCCAGCACGACAACUACGGGCUACCCUGGACCUUCAUCCUGGUACAUAAACCUCCCCUCCCAUCCAGCUCAGCCUUCCACCCUUUCCUCCACUCUCCACUCUCCACUCUCCACUCCAAUCCACCAACUAAGACCUCCCCCCAGCUCCUAACCGUCUCGCUCCUCACACUCCUCGCGCUCUCCACAACAAUCGUCCUGCACUGCUUCUACGGGCUGAACCCGCUCCUCAACACACUCCUCAACGCCGCCCUGCUCACCCUCUGGGCCGUCUCCUUCGCGCUGCUCAGCUGGUGGUCCAGCGGCACGCUCGCGCACGUGUGCAACCGCGCGAACUGGGACUCGGACAUCGGCAUCUCCAUCUGCCGGAUCUACAAGGCGCUGUUCAGCUUCAGUCUCUUUGGGCUGGUGGCUACACUGCUCGCGCUCGUGCUCGACGUGCAUGUGCAGCGCGGUGCGAAUAGGAGGGGGAGGUUUGCCAAGCUGCAGCUGCUGGAUAAUAAGAGGGAGUUUGAUGGCGGGAUCGAUGGUGCAGAGCUGGUCAUGACGGAGAGGGAGGCGAAUCCGAAUCCGAUGGCGAGGGGGGCGAGGGCGAGGAGGGGUGGGGAGGGGUAUGCGCUGCCCGAGGAGCAGUUUGCGUAUGAUGAGGAUACGGGGUAUCAUGGGGCGGGUGGGCAGGUUGGGCGGAGGAGUUUGGGGGAGAGGUUCUAAGCGACACUGUUAGAGGGCUUCAGAGUGGUUCGCGGAGUUUGGGAUAUGGAUGCUGGGUAAAAGUAUCUGAUUAUGGAAUUGUGAUUGGAAUCGGACUGCAUGAUAUGUGCUUGUAUUUGUCUACUAUCCUAAAUUUCCAGCUCAGUCCUCCUCUCGGUCAAACUUCUCCAAAACCUGAUCCACCUUUCUCUCCACCCUUCGCACCCUCUCCCUCACCUUCUCCACGCUUUUCUUCAGCUCUCGCACCUGGUCUCGAAUGGGCGGGCUCGCACGGUGUGGAAUUCUCCAGAUGGAACGACGUGCAC